AACUACGGCAAUUUGGUGUCCUCCAUAAACAAAGGCGUCACCGAGUUUCAUAGAGAAAAAAUGAAAGAUUUGAGUUCAGACUUCGCCGCUCUCGUGUCAAACAUCCUUCAACCGAAAAUGACAAAGCGAUACACAAUAAAAAUGAUCAAGAACCAUAUAUGGUAUUCGCUCGGAAAUCAUUCAAACUUUUCCGCGUUUAGUGUGCCUGAACUGGAUAGGAAUACAAAAAAUAAGCUUAUCCAACUUACUGCCGACAUUAUGGGAACAACUAAAGAUGAUGUCAUUGUUACCGUGGAAACAAGGCAAUGUGAUGCGACAUACGCGGUCUACAACACGCUCUUCCUCGAAGAACUGAAAAAGAAUCAUCACAAAAACACAUCACCUCUUAUCAUUCGUGAUCACCGGGUAUGCAUCACGAGUUUUUCACGUGAAAGAUCCGCAAAACGACAAAAGACAGCAAAGGAGAAAGAUGCAUCGAAGCGUGCAAGAGAUCUCAUGGCAACUAAACUUCGUGUCAUGAGAGUGAAACGACGUUCGGCUGGAGGGAAUAAAGCUGCAGAAGUGAAAAGGAGUGUGCUUGAUGGGGUAGGCUGCGUUGUUGGUACGACAUUCGGACAAAGAAGAAAGGAGAAUGACGUCACGAAGGAUAAAAAUGAUGUGGCAAGAAAAAUAGAAAAAGAGAGAAGGAUUCAAGAGUACAUAUUUGAAACGGCUAUCAAAGCAAGGAAUUAUCAAUCUGCAAUCACUCCUUGGGUAUCGACAAAUAGCCUUUCAAAUAACGACUGUGUCUCGUCAAACAGUAUCGACGAUUUCCCGAACGAAGAGAUUAAUGUUAAUGAUCAUUGUAAUGACGAAGAAAAUUGUACAAAAUCACAAUGUAAUGUUGAAGUUUCAUCAGAUCUGAAAUCGAACACUUCUAACGACAAACUUGAUUACGUGAAUGCUUCUGAGUCGGCGGUAAAGGACACGGAAAAUGAAAAAUGUUCUCAUACGAUUGAAGGUCAUCGUCCAAGGCGCUGUACUGAAGGCGAGAUUUCAAGUGUUGAUUUUGAGAAACAUGUAAUUCCAACAUUUAUUACUUUGCCCGUAUCGACUGUCACAAGUCGUAUUGGCACUUCUUUAUCGAAUGAUAACAAGCAGAGUUGUGAAGACGGAAGGACGACGGAAGAUUGCAAGGCAUCGAAGCAGGAAGAUAACGAAAUGAGUUGCAGAAGUUUGAUAAUCGAUACAACUUGUAACUCUCGCCGAGCAAUCGUGAAAAAAAGAAAAAAUCGUGCAGGAAAAAGAUAUGUGGGAAGCGCAAUACUCUCUCAAAGAAAAGGAUCAAACGUCAGCACAAUUCCGACAAAAAAAACUGUAAGCCCAAGCAAAGAUGUCGAAGAAGCACUCCAAGAACGGUUAAAGCCAUGCCUAAAGAAUUCCGGUGCCUCACUAAGAAAGCGGCCUUCUAGCCGACAACAAGAAAAUCUCGAGAAAGUCCGAAGAGCAAGAUGAAAAAGUAUACCAGAGAUAUGCAAGACCAAAGACUACUGCAUCAUCACAACCCUCACGAUAUAACCAAUGUCGACGCAAUAGCUCGCAUCAAUUGGAAAAACGAAAAACCUUGGCAGAGUUUUGCAAACAAAUCCAAAACCACAAGGGGAAGCGCCCCUCAU